AUGCUUUUCUCCGUUUAUUUAUUCUUUGUGACAUUUGUUUGUUCUGUGCUUGCGUAUGAAGAUUGCGAGUACGAUAACCUAGAUUGUUUCCUGAAACCGUACGUUAAUAUUUUCCAAUGGAAAUAUAAUCUAAAAUUACCAUUUAGACAAGAAGAUUUUGGAACGCCUUCUUUUUUCGGUGUUGAAUCUUUUAACAAGCUGAUGGUUCUACAAAACAGAACGAUAGUGGCUUUUAGAGCGUAUUUUUGGGCUUAUGGUGGUGGAAGCUAUACGUUCAAAAUGAAUGCUGCUGAUGAUGAUGUUUCGAUGUGGGGCUUUCUUGGUGCAGAGAAUGCCUUCAAUUGUGGUGACAUGUACGAACCUAUUGUUGGCUCAAUGCCCGGAGUAGGUGCCUCCACCGUAACUUUUAUCAGCGGUACUGGCUCUCAAAGUUACACGACUACUUUGAAUUCUUCCUUGUAUCCAUUUCUUUUAAAAUUUCAGAAUAAGAAUACUGAAAAGAACCUCACUUUUUCGUUUGAUAUCUUGCGGGAUGGUGAGUCCGUGUUGUCCGAUUUACUCGUUCCGACUGUGAAUGAAGAAGAGUGUGAUUCCAAUUUGACUACCACAUCUAGUACUACUACUACUCUGACCACUUCUACAUCAUCUGAACCUACUACCACUACCACUCUGACUACUUCUACAUCAUCUGAACCUACUACCACUACCACUCUGACUACUUCUACAUCAUCUGAACCUACUACCACUACCACUCUGACUACUUCUACAUCAUCUGAACCUACUACCACUACCACUCUGACUACUUCUACAUCAUCUGAACCUACUACCACUACCACUCUGACUACUUCUACAUCAUCUGAACCUACUACCACUACCACUCUGACUACUUCUACAUCAUCUGAACCUACUACCACUACCGCUCUGACUACUUCUACAUCUUCCAUACCACCUCCUACAAAUCUGACCAUUUCGUCAUUGCCUACGCCACCUCCUACAAAUCUGACCACUUCGUCAUUGCCUACACCACCUCCUACAAAUCUGACCACUUCGUCAUUGCCUACACCACCUCCUACAAAUCUGACCACUUCGUCAUUGCCUACACCACCUCCUACAAAUCUGACCACCUCAACAUCUUCCAUACCACCCCCUACAAAUCUGACCACUUCGUCAUUGCCUACACCACCUCCUACAAAUCUGACUACAUGGUCGUUGCCUACACCAUCUGGACCACCUGAAGACCCUGAUGUAUCCACUACUUCAAGCCCAACCACUUCAGCUCCACCUUCCACAGACCUGACUACUACAGUUCCGACUACCUCAAGCCCAACCACUUCAGCUCCACCUUCCACAGACCUGACUACUACAGUUCCGACUACCUCAAGCCCAACCACUUCAGCUCCACCUUCCACAGACCUGACUACUACAGUUCCGACUACUUCAAGCCCAACCACUUCAGCUCCACCUUCCACAGACUCGACUACUACAGUUCCGACUACUUCAAGCCCAACCACUUCAGCUCCACCUUCCACAGACCUGACUACUACAGUUCCGACUACCUCAAGCCCAACCACUUCAGCUCCACCUUCCACAGACCUGACUACUACAGUUCCGACUACCUCAAGCCCAACCACUUCAGCUCCACCUUCCACAGACCUGACUACUACAGUUCCGACUACUUCAAGCCCAACCACUUCAGCUCCACCUUCCACAGACUCGACUACUUCAGACCUGACACCUAGUUCUCCUGUGUCUCCUACCUUCCCAACAACAUCAACGACUUCUAGCUUCUCGACCGCAAGUACCACCCCAUUAGAGCCAACUUGGAGCCUGUCUACUACCCCUCCAAUUGACGAUGAGUUCUUUAAUGGUGGAUGUGUCAUUUAUUGCUCCAGAGUUUUAUCAAUAGUGUCAGGCUUAAUAGGUUAUUUUGUCUUAUAA